AUGGAGAAGGCAAAUUAUGCUGAAUUUGGUGAUGUUAUCUCGUAUCGAAUGGUUUUUGUUUUGUUUACUACUAUUGACCAUCAUAAAAAAUCGGUUACUAUUGGAUCUGGGUUGCUAAGAAAUGAAAGCAUUGAGUCUUACUCUUGGUUGCUUAAAGCAUUUCUUAAAACUCAUGGGAAAGAACCAACACUUGUUUUAACCGAUCAGGAUGUUGCAAUAAAACAAGCUGUUGAGAAUGUGUUUCGUAAUUCAAAGCACCGAUUAUGUAUGUGGCAUAUAGUGAAAAACUUGAAAAAAAAGAUAUCAAAUGAUUUAUUUACUAACACAGACUUUACAAAAAGGUUUUCAAAGCUUGUUUGGGACAUUAAUAUGAAACCUGAUGUUUUUGAGGUGAAGUGGGGUUUGCUUAUGAAGGAAUUCAAUCUUGAAGACACAAGAUGGUUUAAAUACAUGUUUACAAUACGUGAUUCAUGGAUACCUGGAUAUUUUAGUGAUAUUCCAAUGUGUGGUUUGAUAAAGACUACAUCGAGGUCAGAGAAUGGUUGGGAAGUUUACAUUGUGCAACACAACAACAGUGAAAGUGAUUUUAAAAAUGAAUUUAAGGUUGAAAUAAAAGUUGAAGAGAAAGAAAUAAAUUGCAGUUGUGAACAUUUUAAGCGUAUGGGUGUUUUAUGCAGACAUGCUUUUACAAGAAUGAUGAGAUGUGGUGUUAAAGAAAUUCUUGGAAGGUACAUUUUGAAGAGAUGGAGAAAGGAUGUGAUAUCAAGAAAUUAUCGUUUUAGUUCUGUUCAAUCCGAUUCAGUUGAUUGUGAGAAUGUAAAGCUAGUCAAUGAUUCAUAUUAUAGUUUUGAAUCAUGUUUGGAUAUUGUAAGAGAUGACAAAAAGAGAUUGGCUUUGUUUGCUGAGAAGCAACAAAUAUUGUUGAAGGAAUUUGAGAGUGAUUAUAUUUCUCCUGGAUUGAAAAGCAAGACAGAUGGUGAAGUUGUAUGCAAGCUUUUGGGUGUUACUAUUCCUAUUCCAGAAGAGAUUAAUAUUCAUGUUCCUGAAGUUCAAAGCAAUAAAGGUUCUGGAGUCAAGAAAAGAAUUCCAAGUGCAGGUGAAGUAGCAUAUGAAAAUUGUAGAAAAGAACAUAGAAUGUGUUCAGGAUGUGGAAAACGAGUUCUACACAAUUUACGUACUUGUCCAGAAAGAGUUGGAGCUGCUAAAUCAACAAAAGACAAUAAAAACAAGAAACAAUAA